GAUGGUUUGACAACCGCCAAUACACACCAAAGAAGAAGCAGAGGGUGGCGGUGAUGCGCUGAACGCUGGCUUCACUACCGACAAUCAAUCAGGAGAAGCAGCACAACAACAACCUGAGAAGAGAAGAACCGCUCUGUCCUCUGGAGAAGAUGGACAUCAGCGAUCGACGACCAAAUGUCCAUGUAACCAUCCAGAAGGGAUUAUACACUCCGACACUGAAAAAAUGCAUCGACUGCUGCUAUCCUCCCAAAUACCAUUGUCCAUUUUGUUUACCAUCUUUUUUCAAACCUACAAAAUACUCCAGAGCUAGGCUUCAUCUGGACAUUCAUCUAAGGAGAGCCAUUUACGUUGGAGAGUACACAAUCCACAAAUGUGCACUGGAUUGCAGAAAUCAGGCGCAUUACCACUGUUUGUUCUGCACAGACACGCUGAUAAAGCAGCGAGAUUUCAAAAAUCAUCUACCGUGCUGCCACCAGGCUCAACAGCAGAGAAUAUUAUCCGAUCUGCAGACAGCCGCGACACACAGAGUCCAAACCGAAGGAUCGCUGAUCCCUGGAGAGGGUGACAUCGCUACAUUUGAGAUAGAGAACGACGAUGACAGUGAUGAUGAUGUUACCUCCAUCGUGGACUCAGACGACCAACACAGCCCCGGAGCGAGCAGCAGCCAGCUCGUCCAACGUGACACUGUGGGGAUGAAGAGGAGUACGGAUCCUUCUAAAUGUGACCGAACUGUACAGACCAACAUUGAAAAACCACAAGACUGCGAUGAAUACUACUUCAUGGGCCUGGUGAAAAUGUUUAAAAAGUUGUCCCCUCGGAAGAAGGCAGAGGUCAGGAUGAAAAUCGAGAGACUCAUCUUCGAAGCUGAGUUUGAGUAGAAAGGGAUUACGCACACGUUUCCUGUUACAUGUUUUAUUGAAAGUUGUAAGAUUUUCUCAGAUGUACAAAACAAAUCAAGCUGCUGUUUGUAAAGCCUGACAUAUAUUAUGAAAUGUUUUUUUCAUGCAAAUAAAACUCCUGCAAGUUG